GUGGAGCCUGGCGGCCCCGCCCGAGCCGGCCGCCUCCCGGCGCGGGCAAAGUAGUGGCACUCGGGGCGGGGAGGCUCGGCACGGCUCGGAGCGGCUCGGAGCGGCUCCCGCCCCGGCCCCCCAGCGCGGCACACAUGCCAAGGCUCAGCAGCGCCAGGUUGUCUUCUGCAUUUUGGGUCUGAAGGUACCCUCUUGCUUUCUCAGCAAAUCAUGGACAUCGUUGGCUUUCUGAAGUCUCAGUUCAUUUGCCACCUGCUGAUCUGCUACAUAUUUAUAGUGUCAGGACUGAUCAUUAACUUCAUUCAACUCUUUACACUUAUACUUUGGCCAAUCAACAAGCAACUGUUCAGGAGGAUCAACUGCAGGCUGGCUUACUGCAUUUCAAGCCAGAUGGUGAUGUUAUUGGAAUGGUGGUCGGGCACAGACUGCACCCUCUACACUGAUCCAGAGAGUUACCACAAGUAUGGGAAGGAGAAUGCCAUUGUAAUUCUUAAUCACAACUUCGAAAUUGACUUUCUCUGUGGUUGGAACUUCUGUGAAAGAUUUGGAGUCCUUGGGAGUUCCAAAGUGCUGGCGAAGAAGGAGCUCUCCUACAUGCCUAUCAUUGGCUGGAUGUGGUAUUUCCUAGAGAUAGUCUUCUGCAAGCGUAAGUGGGAGGAGGAUCGGAAAACAGUCAUGCAGAAGUUGCUGAACCUCCGGGACUACCCUGAAAACUUUUGGUUCCUGAUUCAUUGUGAGGGUACAAGGUUCACAGAACAGAAGCACCAAAUUAGCAUGCAAGUGGCUGAAGCCAAAGGCCUGCCCAAGCUCAAAUAUCACCUACUGCCACGAACGAAAGGAUUUGCUGUCACCGUGCAGUGUUUGAGAAAUGUAGUUUCAGCUGUCUAUGAUUCUACCCUCAAUUUCAGAAAUAAUGAGAAUCCGACAUUGCUGGGCGUUCUAAAUGGAAAGAAGUAUCAUGCAGAUUUAUAUGUAAGACGGAUUCCAUUAGAGGAAGUCCCAGAAGAUGAACAGGAGUGUUCUAAUUGGCUCCACAAACUCUACCAAGAAAAGGACGCAUUCCAGGAAGAGUACUACCGAACAGGAACCUACCCGGCAGUCCCUAUAGUGCCACCCCGACGACCAUGGACGCUUUUGAACUGGCUUUUCUGGGCCUUAUUGCUGCUAUAUCCUUUAUUCAAGCUGCUCAUCAACAUGUUCAACAGUGGAUCAUCACUGACACUGGCUAGCUUUGGAUUUGUCAUUGUAAUGGCUUCUGUUGGUGUCAGAUGGAUGAUAGGUGUUACAGAAAUUAACAAGGGCUCCACCUAUGGCAACAAUGACAUCAAGCAGAAACGAAAGUAGUAACUUCAGAGACUGCUUCAAUCCAAAGGGAACAAAUGCAACUUCUGAGAACUCUUCAGUGCAUAUCACGGUCCUUCAAGUGAGGUCAGAGGAAGGGUAGGAUGAGCAAUUGCCAUGCAUAUCUGAAUUUGUGCUCCUGUUAUUUUUCUCUUGGGGUUUGGGCUGGAUUACAUGCUUGAAAGAUGCACUCCUUUGUGUGUACUCUCAACAGGUUUGCAUUUGUUUGGUUGGUUUGCUUUCAUAUAAAGUGUCUUAAGUUUUGAAGAAAAAAAUUUGCAGCGUGCUGGUCUGGUAAGACUCUACCUGGAAACUAAUCAGUGGUUGCUGAGGUGCAGGCUUUAUCUUAACUUGAUCUAAGGAAUGGGUAAAUGUCAGAAGAUUGGUUUAAGACAAUUGAAACUGAUAGGUGUCUAGCUCACGUGUUAACAGUUUAAAAACAGUAAUCUCUCAGUGUUCAAAUAGAGUAAGAUGCGCUGCUUGGUGAUACCAAUCUUGCAACUCUACUGAACUGGCAGGAGUGCAGUAGAGUUUUUUGACAUCUAGAAUUUAUUCCCACAGUAAGCACCACAUUUGAAACUUCAGUCGGGCUCUGGCAAGGGGCCCGUUUUGUUAGCCCAGAGCCUUGCAGCGGCAUAACCUGGUGUGGAAUUUGGCCAUGAGUAGAGCUAAGUUACGCACUGCCACAUCUUUCCCCAGGCAAAACGUUAGUGGGAUAGCUGAAACCUGUAAUUCUUUUGAGAAUAAAUGCCAUUUAUAGCUCAGAAAAGAAUAGGUAACAGAUUACUUUCAGCUUUAAACACAGAUUACAGUUCUAGGCAUUCCUAACAGUGGCGGAAACAGAAAACAACCGGUAUGCUGUAACACAGUAAUGCAAAGCGUGCAUUAAAAGUUACCACCCCACACCCAUACUGUUGUGAACCUAAUUACUCUGCCUGUCUGUCUUUUCUGAAAAACUACUUCACAUGGUGGUACCUCGUAACAUUGUCUGAGGUAAUACUUAAAUUAUCUUUUGCUUUUCUUUUGGGGAAAAGAGGCAAGCAGGAGAGAGACCUAGGACAGCGCUAUGGCUGGGAAUUUUUUAUGCCUGUCUGGACUUGCUUUGUCACCCUUCUGAAUUAAAAUACGAUCAAAUCCCUUGGGAAAACUGUGUUGCUCUCACAUCCCUAGUACUGAUUCCUGGGCAUCCCCCUCUUGUUCACAGACUUCAAGAAUUAAGAAUAUGUAAGUAAAUUACUGAAAAGAGGUGUUUGUUUUGUUCUGUUUUAUUUUUAAAGAAAAGAAAAAGAGGUGACUUCUAUCAGCAGUUCAGGGGAAAAAAAUUAAAACCAAAAGAUACUGAUAUUGAGCAGUUAGGAAUAUUUUUGGCACUUUCAGUGAUGUUAGGUUUUCAUUGCACAUAGAACUAAACCAUGCUAAGUCUAGGCAUGAACACCCUAUGUGUUUCUAGAAAAGACAGUCAGCAGUCUUACAGUAGCAGUUCUAGCAGCUGGUAAAGAAAAAAAAAAAAAGACAUUUCUCUUAUGCUGUAAUAAAACUGAAGCCAGAGGUAACAGAGGCCAGUACAACAGUGUGAAUCAUUGCAUGAAAUAUGCAUUUGCUGUUCUGUAGCUCAUCUAGAAACUAAUCCUUUUAAUAUGCAGUAUCUAAAGAGCAGGUGGAGUAGUGCUUUUAGCAUGUCUUCUGAGGGUGGAAGCAGUUAGUAAAAAGUACAAUAUAAAGGAAGGAAUAGGCAUGGGGGCUUGUGAUGGUCUAGUUUUAGGGGGGGGUUGUCUUGUGUGUACCUGAAUUCCCUGUGCAAUGAAGUGUUCUGGAAUAAGUUGUGUGAUGUGUCAUAAAAAUAACCACAGGCUUUGGUUUAUUUUUUUUAAGACAUGAAAUACAGCCAGAGCCCACAGGAUACUGUCAUGCUUAUAAAGCUAUUCCCUGAAUAAAGCACAUGCCCUUCUGUGCUGAAGUGCUUCCCCUCACCUGUAUUGGCUAAAACCAUCUUAACUGUGGAAAACAGAUUUAUAACAUGUAGUAGCGUAACAUCUACAGUAAUGCGUCAGGCAUGUAAAUGAACCAGCCUACACAGUUCUUGGAAAUGGGAGGGGAUGGCAGAGAGAUCUCUUCAAGCUAGCAUUUUACUGUAAACCUUACCUGGCAGAUGAAGUGAGCUUUUGUCGGGGUGGUAGAAUGAACGCUAUACGCAGGUGUGAGUAGUUUUGAGCAGCAAAUACAUACUCAUGUGAUGAAGACUGACUUUUUUUUUUUUUUGAAGACUGAACAUGCCAGUAGGGAGACAUUUAACAUUCCUUAUGAGUCGUAGUCCUUCUCUAAUUGCAUGCAGUACCACUUCUCCAAGAGGAAAAUACCAAACCCGUAAAUACUUCUGAAUGAGCAUUUAGCUAUUUCCUACCAAUUUCCCUGGGAGCAACCACUGUAAAAGGCAUAGGGCCAAAGACGCCAGUCCUGGAUCCUUCUAGAAGUCCCGGUGCACAAGAGCUGCAACACUGGGCCCUUCCAGUGUUCCCUGGCCAACAGAGAAAGCGCAAUGGUACUUGCCAAAGGUAAACUAGUCCAGUCCACUGUAUUAAAAGAAUGACGUAUGUCAGUAGGAAUCAGUGUUUGCCCCUCUUCCCCACCAACAACUGUAUGGUCUACAACUGCCUUAACAAAAGUAGUCUUACAUUUGUUUAUACAAAAAUAAAAGUAUAAAAAGCUGAA